UUGUUUACUAUUUCUAAUAAUUGUAUCUUGUAAGCUUGAAAUGUCAAAUAAUUUCUCUAGUCCUAAACCCAUAUUUUUUUAUCAAGCUUUAAAAGCAAACUAGGAGUUAAAUAUAUCCUUUACAUUUGCAUGCUUCUGAGUACUUAAUUAUUUUGUGGUUUCUGUUUUUUUAAACUAUUAUUGUUGUGAACCCUUAUUGUAUGAAGCUUUGGUUUCAAAACAUAAUUAUGGUGAUAUAAAACAGUUGAGAAAACCAGCAUGCAGUGUGGAUACGCUUUUUCUUUAGUAUAGAAUAUAUAGGUAUAGAGCAUAUAUAGAAUGUAGGUCCUGUUUAAUAAGUACUGUUCAGCCACCUUGGCAGAUUUUAAUUGCAUAAUUUACUGUGUUGUUUUCUAUACAUCAGAGAAAAAUAAAUAAGAUGGAAGCUUGCCUGACAUACAUCCUAGUUUUUCUAUUGUUGUCCCUACUCUAGUAUUUUAAAUACAUAAUUUUAUUUGGCUUAGUUUGAAAUAUGUUUUAUUCCUCUAAUCUCCUACUUUGAGGUAGUAGCAUCAGCUAUUAAAAGUUUUGUGACUAUAAUAUGUCCUGAUUUUGUAGGAGUCAUAUAAGCCAAAUGUAAAAUAAUUUUUAGUGUAAUGAGAAUUUUGAGGAAUUUGGUCACAUCUCACAUUUUCUUUUCCUAAAUAUACGUACGUAUUUUAAAAUAAGGUAUUACCACACUUGGAAUUAUUGUUGUGUGAAUUUUGCUCUCAAUUUUGAUCAGUCUAUAUACUGAAAACUAUGGAAAGCUUAUGAAAGAAAUUGACGAAGACUCCAUUAUGAUUACUAAAAGUUAAUUCUUAAGAUGGUAAAUUCAGAUAAGAUAGACCAUAGCAGUACUGAUUUACAGAUUCUUCUUUAACUUCAACAAUAAUGGCACUUAAGCAUUUUCUGUGGCAAUUAUUCUUCUUUACCACUUCAUUAUUUAAGCGAUUGCUAUUGUUAGUCUACUUUUGAGAGGUUAAUGUAGGUAUAAAAUAGUAAGAUAUUAAAUAUUAAGGCAUGUUAUUCAUCUUUCAUGUCAUCUCACCACCAUGCCAAACCUCACCUUUCUAACUUGUAAAUACUGUAUAGUUUUCAUCCUUUCUUUGUUGGUAGGGUCUUAAUCUUUUUCUUUGUGGCUUAAUUUGUAAUUUAAGUCUUUUGGAUGAAUGGUAGUAAUCCUUAACACAGUAGGUUUAAUUAUUGCAGAACUCUAAAGGUAAAGUGGCAGCUGUCUUGUAUUCCACCUCACUAAGAAUAUUUUCUGGAAUCUUAUCAGAAUUUCAUAUCUUAGGUUUUGAGGUUGUCAUGUGUAGACAUGAAUGGUAAUUUAUUGUUAUGUACUUGUUAUCACUGCUUCAGAGGCAGAUGUAUUCUUUACCUUUUUUGUUUAGCUUGGAAUGCUGCCUCAAGUUGAGAUUUUCAUGGUUUUGGGGCUGUUGCUUUUCUUAUACUUAACAUGCUCCACAGAAAUAAUUGAAUAUAUUUCUGUAUUGCUUUAGUAAUUUCUGAGAGGUUGUAGGGCAGAUAAAAAGUGCAAAGCCAGCACAUAGAAAUUUCCAGUAUAGUUACUGAAGUUUAUUAAAGUUUAAAGUUUUUAAAUGUUAUUAAGCAUCUGCUUUGUGUCCAGGGCAAGGGUAGACCCUUUGCAGUAGUAGUAUGUGUCUUUAACAGCUUUUAACUCUGUAGGUAAGAUUCUGGGAAACUUAACUAGCCAGAAGAGGUUUUUUUUGUGGUCAUGUUAACAUUGUGAUGAUUACAUUGUGACAUUUAUAUCACUGUAUUGAUUCAUCUUGAAAGCAUUAUUUGGUAAUACAAAAUAGGGAGGGUGGGUUUAACCUAAUUUACAUUACCUAUUUAGGAUUGCCUCAUUGUCCAGGGUACAUUCAUGGAAUAUAAAAAUGAAAGGCAUGAACUUUGUCUUUGAAAAAUUUAGAGGCUGGGCUGGGAAUUAAGGCAUACAUAAAAUGAAAUAGCUGGAGAGAAUUGAAAGUUGACAUGAUAUGAUAUAUACCUUGAAACUAGGAAAUUUGAUUGAUGGGAAAUGUCAUUGUGGGAUAAAUUAAAUAUUUCUGGAAGAAAAUGAAGUCUUAAUUUUAAUUCAACCAUUGAUCACAUAACUAGGCAGAAAAUAAAUCUGGAGCUCAAGUAGUUUAGUUUUAUAGGAGAGGAUCCUUAUCUUGAGAAAAGCUUUUUACUAGAAAUGUCCAGAUUCAGUGAUUCAUUGAUGUAUAUCUGGGUUACAGAAGUAGGAGAAAGUAAAAGUUCAAAAGGAGGUAGUUACUCUGAUAGGGACUUUUCUUUUAAGCUUAGUUUUGGUUUAUGGUGUUUGAGUGGAAACUGUUAAUGUUUUUUAACUAAAAUUAUUUCCCUUGGGAAUAAUUCUUUAAUAGAUUUGAAUGUACUCCUUGCCCAACUUUUUUUUUUUUUUUUUUUUUAAUUUGUGAGUUUGAGGACUGAAUUAAAAGGUAAGGAGUUCUUAUUUAAUUGGUUUUAAAGUUUUUGGUAAUUGAGUGAGUCUGAUUGAAUUUCUGGAACCACAUAAUAAACAAAAUUCACUUUGUCAGAGCUUUAAACUGACAGAAAGAAAGCAAACAGAAAGGAGGGAGCUAGGAAUUGUUUGCUUGUAGAGACUGGCUUAUAAAUAAGCAUACUAAAUAUUCUGUAAUAUAUGUGAAAGAGAAACAGGUGGCUUCAUUAAGGGUAAGCUGUUCUUGAGAGUUAUCAUAACCUACCAAGGACUCAGCGUUAUAGUGUAGUAAAUAGAUGACCUGUGUCCUGUUGGGAGAGGUUUCCAUUCUGAAAAUUUUAGGAACCACAUCUGAAGGGUUCACUGAUAUCCUUUAUUAUACCAAGAGUAUAGAUUGUGUCCAUGUUCAUUUUCGUCCUCUUGUAUAUGUAUAUCCCUUGGUAUCACUACUAGCUCUGAUUAUUUCCAGAGAAGUGAACAUCUAUUUCACUUUCAUGUGUGUAUUUUUCCUUCAUAAGAAUUUUUUAAAACCUUUUUUUUUUUUUAGCUAUUUGCUCUUAAUUCAUAGGUAACAGGUAAAUAUAUUUGAUCUUUUAAAAGGCUAGACCAGUCCAUCUAAAUAGUUUUAUUUAUAUUUCCUUCCAAAUUCACUUCUGAAGAUUUUAAGAUAAAGUAUAGGAAGUGUACUUUUCUUAACAAGAUCAUUUAUUCACUGUAUAUUCAGUCAUAGGUAUUAUUUGGUAACCAUGGUCCUAAUGUUUUGCACAUCUAUUUCCAUUUGUUUCAUGUUAGAAACAGUACUAUAUAUUAUACGAUCAUAAAUUUGUAAAUAAUGUGAUAUAGUUUUUUUAAAAAUUACUGUUUUGAUAGCUUUUCGAGGUUUACAGAGUUCUUUUAGUUAGAUUAUCUCAUUUAAUCCUCAUAAUGAUCUUGUAUGGUAUCUAGGGCAGGUGUUAUGGUCCUCAUUUGUAAAAUAAAGUAACUAAAGUAAAAUGAGAUUAAGAGACUAACGAGUAGUAGGCUAGCAAAUGUUAAGGGACCAUGAUAAAUCAUGUGGUUUUACCUUUAUCCCACAAAGGUUUUCCCUGCCAUAUUUAGAAGAUAAAAGAAUAUUAACCUGGGAGGAAACUAGUUUCCAUCAGUAUUUUAAUGUAAUUCUGAGAAUUAAAAAAAAAAAAACCUUAAAAAUUUUCUCUUUUAUAAGUUGUAAAAUGAAGAUACCAUGUUUUAUUAUCUCCUCCCUUCCCAUAUAUAAAUUCAGAAAUAAGCCAUUUUAGGCACUGUAUAAGAAGGUUGAGAGUUCUGUUUUCAAGAUACAAUAUUGUGCCAACACAAACUAAAAAUUCACAUAUAUGUAUUUUUUUCUGAACUGAAGACUAACUUGAUUAGCAAAGUCAGCAACAGAUAAAGUUUUGAAUAGUAUGAUAAAAUAUGUUGUAGCCUGUGCUCAACUCUUCUACAGAAGAUGUAAAAAUCAUGAGCAUCGAUUCUGUUUAUUGUAUCUCAAAAUGGUGAUUUCUGCUGUUGAGUCAGUCCAGUGAAAGCAUUUUGGUCACAUAGCAGUAAUUACUUGCUUGCCCUUUUGCUUCUUCAUUUUUCUGACUUGCUCUUUCUGUUCAUAAAACAUAAAUCUAUAAGUGAACUACUUAAAAUAUAGUUGAAACUUUAAAAGUAACAUAGGAAAAUGUAUAAAUAUGUGAAAUAAAAUUAUUCACAAGAGCAGAUUAUAAAUACCAAAUUAUCCCACAUAUUAUUGAACAAAGCAUAUAAUACCAGAGAAGCUUAUUAUGUUUUAUAACUCCUACUUUUCAUGAUACCUUCUAAGGAUGAGAAAGAUGUGGAUGAUUUGAAGACUUGAAAAAAAGUAAUUACUUGGGUCAGGAAUGGAGGCUUGUUUUGGACACUUUACUUUGAGGAAGGACCCUACAUCUGAGGAAUAUCAAGAGCAUUACACAAUAACUCAUGGUUCCUUUCAAAAUGCUUGUGACACAAUUUGCAAGAAUUAUCCUCAUCUUAGGGGAUAAAUUUACGGAGAAAUGGCAGCACAAGUUGAGCAGGUUGUUGCCCUGGAUGCCCAAAAUAUCGUAGCUGUUUCAUGUGGAGAAGCUCAUACAUUAGCACUAAAUGACAAAGGCCAGGUGUAUGCUUGGGGUCUCGAUUCUGAUGGACAGCUUGGCCUGCUAGGAUCAGAGGAAUGUAUCAGAGUACCCAGUAAUAGUUAUAGGGACAAAAGAGAACUCUCCAGUGAAACAAGCUGCCUCCCGAAAAUCAUGGGUAUCGACACUCUGGUCAGAACUUGCUCCGGACUCUCAUAUGGCAGAAUCAGAAAUAUUAAAAGUUUGUCAGAUAUCCAGAUAGUACAGGUUGCUUGUGGUUACUAUCAUUCACUUGCACUUUCUAAAGCAAGUGAAGUCUUCUGUUGGGGACAAAAUAAAUAUGGCCAAUUGGGUUUAGGCAUUGACUGUAAAAAGCAAGCCUCACCACAGCUGAUCAAGUCUUUGCUUGGAAUCCCUUUCAUGCAAGUUGCAGCGGGAGGAGCCCAUAGUUUUGUACUCACCCUUUCUGGAGCUAUUUUUGGAUGGGGACGCAACAAAUUUGGUCAACUAGGUCUUAAUGAUGAAAAUGAUAGGUAUGUUCCUAAUUUACUAAAGUCACUAAGAACUCAGAAAAUAGUUUAUAUUUGUUGUGGAGAAGAUCAUACUGCUGCACUAACCAAGGAAGGUGGAGUGUUUACUUUUGGAGCUGGAGGGUAUGGUCAGUUGGGUCAUAACUCUACCAGUCAUGAAAUAAAUCCAAGGAAAGUUUUUGAACUUAUGGGAAGCAUUGUCACUCAGAUUGCUUGUGGAAGGCAGCACACUUCUGCUUUUGUUCCUUCAUCAGGACGAAUCUAUUCUUUUGGACUUGGUGGUAAUGGGCAGCUGGGAACUGGUUCAACAAGCAACAGGAAAAGUCCUUUCACUGUGAAAGGAAAUUGGUUCCCUUAUAAUGGGCAGUGUCCACCAGAUAUUGAUUCUGAAGAAUAUUUCUGUGUGAAAAGAAUUUUCUCAGGUGGAGAUCAAAGCUUUUCACAUUACUCUAAUCCUCAGAACUGUGGGCCACCAGAUGACUUUAGAUGUCCGGAUCCUUCAAAGCAGAUCUGGACUGUGAACGAAGCUCUAAUUCAAAAAUGGCUGAGCUACCCCUCCGGAAGAUUUCCUGUGGAGAUAGCCAACGAAAUAGAUGGAACAUUUUCUUCCUCUGGUUGUUUAAAUGGAAGUUUUCUGGCUGUUAGCAAUGAUGAUCACUAUAGAACAGGCACCAAAUUUUCAGGAGUUGAUAUGAAUGCUGCUAGGCUUUUAUUCCACAAACUUAUACAACCUGAUCAUCCUCAAAUAUCUCAGCAGGUGGCAGCUAGUUUGGAAAAGAAUCUUAUCCCUAAGCUGACUAGCUCCUUACCUGAUGUUGAAGCAUUGAGGUUUUAUCUUACUCUACCAGAAUGCCCCCUGAUGAGUGAUUCCAACAAUUUCACAACAAUAGCAAUUCCCUUUGGUACAGCUCUUGUGAACCUAGAAAAGGCACCACUGAAAGUACUUGAAAACUGGUGGUCAGUACUUGAGCCUCCACUGUUCCUCAAGAUUGUAGAACUUUUUAAGGAAGUUGUGGUACAUCUUUUGAAACUCUACAAGAUCGGCAUUCCCCCUUCUGAAAGAAGAAUUUUCAACAGUUUUCUUCAUACUGCAUUAAAGGUUUUAGAAAUAUUGCAUAGGGUAAAUGAGAAAACAGGACAGAUUAUACAAUAUGAUAAAUUUUAUAUACAUGAAGUACAAGAAUUGAUAGACAUAAGGAAUGAUUAUAUCAACUGGGUCCAACAACAGGCCUAUGGAAUGGAUGUCAACCAUGGAUUAACUGAGUUGGCAGAUAUUCCUGUUACAAUCUGCACAUAUCCAUUUGUAUUUGAUGCCCAAGCAAAAACUACUCUGUUACAAACAGAUGCAGUCUUACAGAUGCAGAUGGCUAUUGACCAGGCCCAUAGACAGAAUGUCUCCUCUCUUUUUCUCCCGGUGAUUGAAUCUGUGAAUCCCUGCUUAAUUCUAGUUGUGCGCAGAGAAAAUAUUGUAGGAGAUGCAAUGGAAGUCCUUAGGAAAACAAAGAAUAUAGACUACAAAAAGCCACUCAAGGUUAUAUUUGUUGGAGAAGAUGCUGUUGAUGCAGGAGGAGUACGCAAAGAAUUUUUCUUGCUCAUCAUGAGGGAAUUAUUGGAUCCUAAAUAUGGCAUGUUUAGGUAUUAUGAAGAUUCCAGGCUCAUUUGGUUUUCUGAUAAGACAUUUGAAGAUAGUGAUUUGUUCCAUUUGAUUGGUGUUAUCUGUGGAUUAGCAAUUUAUAAUUUUACUAUUGUGGACCUCCAUUUUCCUUUGGCUUUGUAUAAGAAACUGCUGAAAAAGAAGCCAUCCUUGGAUGAUUUGAAGGAACUAGUGCCUGAUGUUGGGAGAAGCAUGCAACAAUUACUGGAUUAUCCAGAAGAUGAUGUUGAGGAAACAUUUUGUCUUAAUUUUACGAUCACAGUUGAAAACUUUGGUGCAACAGAAGUGAAAGAGCUGGUUCUAAAUGGUGCAGACACAGCUGUUAACAAACAAAAUCGGCAAGAGUUUGUUGAUGCUUAUGUGGAUUACAUAUUCAAUAAAUCAGUGGCUUCCUUGUUUGAUGCUUUUCACGCGGGCUUUCACAAGGUCUGUGGAGGAAAGGUCCUUCAGCUCUUCCAGCCAAAUGAACUACAAGCAAUGGUUAUUGGAAAUACAAAUUAUGAUUGGAAGGAACUGGAAAAGAAUACAGAAUACAAAGGAGAGUAUUGGGCAGAACAUCCAACGAUAAAAAUAUUUUGGGAAGUAUUUCAUGAAUUGCCGUUGGAAAAGAAAAAACAAUUUCUGUUAUUUUUGACAGGUAGUGAUCGCAUUCCUAUUCUUGGUAUGAAGAGUCUAAAACUAGUCAUCCAGUCAACCGGAGGUGGUGAGGAAUAUCUCCCAGUUUCCCAUACCUGUUUUAAUCUUCUGGAUCUUCCAAAAUAUACAGAAAAGGAAACUCUACGCUCUAAACUGAUUCAAGCAAUUGAUCAUAAUGAAGGCUUCAGUUUAAUAUAACUUUGGAAAUAGAACUGAUCAGUUUAUUGCAAAAGCAUUAAACUAACUAUUUGUGUUUUUCUUGUGGUGAUGAGUUCAACAAGGUGACAAGAGGUACUAUUAUAAUUCUUACUUGCAAAAUGUUCAGUGCUAUGAGUAUUCAUGAAAGCCAAAAAAAUAUUAAAAGGAAUAUGAACAAACUGUUAAUAUUAAGCUUAUUGUACAGAACCAUGGAUUUUUUUUGCCAUCUUCCAAUAAACAUACAAGUAUUGUGAAUACAUCAAAGUUUUACUAACAUGAAUUUUAAGGGUUUGCAUAUUUCACAAAUGAUCUGGUGUGUGAGUGCAUGGGUAUGUUGCUUAAUUUUUCUUCAAUCACUGAGUGAAAAACCUUUACCUUUGGCCUGCAAUAGUCAUUCAAUUAUUUUUUCAUUUUGUAAAUAAUGUUAAGUUUUGUAAUAAAAUAGUUAUGUUCUGAUACCA